AUGUUCUCCUUAAGUAUAGCAUCUGCAUCUCGAACCUACCCGGGGCCAAAUAUACCAGAUUCUAAAGGCAAAGGCGCUUCCGAGACGCCUGAAGCUGUGCAUAGGGUGGUUCUGUCAGAUUUGCAUCAGGUGACAGUGGCUAAUUCUCAUAAUGUUGUUCUUAAUAAGCGCCCUAUCCCACCUUCUGGUCCAAGCCAUAAGAGCAACAAGGCACCUAAUUCCUAA